AUGGCGGUUCUUCUAGUCCUGGCUUUUUCAGUUUUAAAAGUUGAAAAACAGCAGAGGAGAGCUGACGUGUUUGUGCUGUUUCAGCUUACCAAGGAAACGUCUGCAGAUCAAGUUUUCAUUGAGGGAUCAUCUAGCGUUGCCAUCGCAUGGGGAUUUCAUUAUUACUUAAAACAUUUUUGCGACAGCCAUAUAUCUUGGGAUUAUGAUGAAAUCAAUCUUCCUCAACCUUUACCUGACGUCAACAUUACCGAGAAUGCCAAUGACAUCUGGCGAUAUUACCAAAACGUCUGCACCUGGAGUUACAGUUAUGUUUGGUGGGACUGGGGCCGGUGGGAGCGAGAGAUCGACUGGAUGGCACUCAACGGGAUUAACAUGGCAUUGGCAUUUAAUGGUCAAGAGGCCGUGUGGAACAGAGUCUACAAGAAAUUCAAUUUGAAAGAAGCGGAUAUUGAUAAACACUUCACUGGCCCUGCAUUUUUGGCUUGUUACGAUUGUAAUGUAGGAACAGUUUUAAAG